ACUGCUUGCUGAAAGCCGUCGAUCACAUUCUGGACCUGCCGGCAUGCUGGCGCUGCGCCAACUGCUUCCACGCCCUCACCUUCCACAUGUACCUGCUCUCUGCCCUCGCCACCUUCGCCCACCGCCCUGCCAGCGACCUUUUCAGCGCCCCAGGGUUGACUAAGCGCUGCAUGGGACGCACGAAUAAGGCAGCUGAGGAUGGCAGCGGCAGGAAGGAUCGGUCAGCAAGAGCCGGUCAGGUGACAAGUAGUGCAUGGUGGACGGCUCGGAAGCAGAGGUUGCAGGGAGUGUUGCGAGAGAUAGAUGGGCGUGCCACCCGUUGUCACAGCAGCACACGUGGCAGCAGCAGCAACAGCAGUGGCAGACGCAGGAGUUGCAAUGACAGAAGCCGUGGCAGCCACUCCUGCUACAGCAGCUCGAGCAUCAGCAGCACCAGCAGCAGCAGUGAGUGCUGUAGCAGUUAUGGCAGGGAGGGGAAGGGCAAGGAGGAGGAACUGUCGGCUUACUUGAAGCCAUGGCUGGGGGGGGUAAUAAGGUGGCAUGUCUGCGAGAGAUGCUGCUGGGGCAGCCAUGCUACCGCCCUCCCUCUCACACGGCCUCUAUCCCCCCUGCUGUAGGU